AUGCUGUGGAAAUUUUGGAUUCGAAAGAUUGCCACCGUGUUCUUGCCAUUCGUUGUCCUCGCCUACUUCAACGCGGCCAUCGUGAUGAACGUGAGGAGAACGGAUCGAGAUCAAACGGUGAAGACGCUCAUUCUCUACGUCACCGUCGGCAGCAAAGGGGAAGUGGCCCGGCUACGGUCUAGGCUACGCACCGUCACCCGGAUGCUUGUCAUCGUCCUGGUCACCCGCAGUCUCAGCACCGACAGCACCGACUCCAUCUGUAUCGUC